CGUGUCGAGAGAGGGGAUGUCGAAUUGUCGGGUCAGCCUGUAGGUUUUACUGAUCUGCCAGCGCAAUGAGUGCAUUGAAUUGAGGCUCGAGCGAAACCUGUCUCUCGGUUCGGUCCAGAGAAUUGCUUGCGGCACAAUGUGCGCACGGGGUCUGGUGUCAUUUCGGAAUUGUCUCGGACGAUUUGUCGUCGACGUCGAUUCGGGAUUGUUUUUACGUUUAUCUACGUCGAGGCUCGAGUCGUCGGGAGAUCGGCAUUUGCCCUCGCGGUAGAAUGCGUGAAACAGUGCCUUAACUCUUUUUACGUGGCUACACUUGAGUAAUCGGUUCCCCGGGGCCUUGUCUCUUGGUCAUUCGCGAAGGCCCCUUUCCCACGACAACUUCUCUGCGCGGAGCUCCUGUGCGGCAGGAGCUCGAGCUGCAAGCCAUGGCGGAAGCUCUGAUGACUGUACGAAGCUCUCCUCAUUCUGCAGGUCUUGUCAAUUCCAGGCCCGCGAUGGCUGCCGUUUGUAGACUAUCCAACCUUGCAAUUCUGGUCGAACCUGCCGGCUCACGUGAUUUUCCGACUUUAACGAAUGGCACCAGUGAAGGGGUUUGUCGUAGAGGAGUGAGGUCUCGUGUAGAGCCGAGUAUGAGGUCGAUGAUCUGCGAAGCGCAUGCUCGGAGCGGAGGACUGGGAAGUGGUUGCAUCUCUGGAUGCUGCAGCCUUCCCUCCUCGAGUGCAACAUUUCAAGCGCUGCACGAAAGAACUGGCGGUAGGGGGAAUAAUUAUCUGGGAGUGCUCAGGAAGGAAAAGAGCCCCAUGCUGAAGGUUAACUCGGUUCGAUGUGGUGGUGCAUCUCCUUCUGAUGUUGGCGGCGAGCGAAGAUUGAGUCGUGGGGGUAGACGAUUCAGGCUUCAGUCGAAGAAGGACGUUGGAACCAGCAUCCGGAACGAAGACGACGAGAUGGACUUUGCAGGGUUCGCUCGUGGACGACCUAGAGCCAGAGCCGGAAGGAAAAAGUCAGGAAAGGUUAAGGCAUUCUGGAAGUGGGGAGACAAUGACAUGGGUGCCGAAUUAUCGGAGGCAGAAGAGGUAGAGGCAGAGCUCAUGGGACCUUUGAAUUCAAUUGGCGACUUUACCCGGUUUAUGGAUAAUGGCGAUAAUGGGGCCGAGCUUCAAACAGCUAUUGUCACAUACAGAAAACCAUUUCCCUGGAAUUUGAUCUCCAACACGCAGGUGGACCUAGUGGCCGCAGUGCACAUAGCGGACGAGAAAUUUUUUAGAAACCUCCAGGAAGAACUCGCUUCGUACGAUCGCGUUCUUUAUGAAAUGGUGGCUGAUAAAAACCCCAAGCUUACCAACAGAAACGCGAAGUACAGAUGGAGGCCUUCAAAGCGACGAGGUCGGAGCGGUUUUAGCAUUAUAGGGACAAUUCAGAAACUUAUGGCACGGGUAUUGACUUUAGAUUUCCAGCUUGAGUGCAUGGAUUAUAGAAGAGACAAUUGGUUUCAUGCAGAUCUCGACUAUGAGACCUUCCAGAAACUACAGAACGAGCGAGGCGAGACCUUUUUCUCGUUCGCAAGAGAUUUGACGGAAAUUUCCACGAAGACAGUUAUGAGGAGCUUAUCCGUCUCAUCUGAGUUGGAGCCCUGGAGGUCGAAGCUGCUAUGGGUAGCGCGUGUAUUCCCUAUGCCUCUACUCGGAUUGGUGGUGAUUGAAAGUGUAUGUGCUCCUUCGGAUGCACCUCUGAAUAAAUCCCCCGAGAUGAAAGCUUUGUUAGAGCUCGACUUGGCAUCUGCGUUGAAAGUGUACCUGGCCAAGCAAAUUACAACAGACUUGACAUCCGAUGCAUCAUCACUCGUGGAGAACUCGGUUAUCAUCGGGGAGCGGAACAGAGUCGCUAUGGAAGAACUCCAAGAAGCUAUGCGAGAAGGCUGCAAGAAGAUUGCCAUAUUUUACGGCAGUGGCCAUCUUCCUGAUAUGCAUACUCGAUUAACGAGGGACUUCGGUCUAGAAGCGAGGGAUAUCCAGUGGCGAACCGCAUGGUCCAUUCAGAGCCGGAAGACGAUUCGGGAAGGAGCUCUCACCAAUUUUCUUGGAUAUUUGGCCAGAGUUUCCGGUUGGCCACUGAAUAGGUACCAAACCUUGGCUCUGUUAUUCCUCUCUGGAGUUUUGGCCGUGGAUUUAUGGUUCUGGGAACUUUUCUUGGGUGCCAUCAACGACUAUGCCCAGCAAACAGUUGUGUUAGUAGUGAACCUUUUAGAAAGAGGUUGGGAUCUCUGAGAUGCUUUCUCUUCGUCCCUGGAAAGAUUUGAGUAUUCUUCUUAGUUAAACGGAAGGCCUCGUAGCGGGACCUUGAAUUUUCAGAAAGACACAGCAGGAAGUGUACACUCCUCUGUGGCACUGAAGAGUACUUAUUCGGGUCAUCUGUCCUUUGAGCUUCGUCUAUCAGCAACACCAAAUGGGGCCACACUACUGGCGGAGGCAUCGCAUGAUUGUACAGUUCUUGUAAACACACGCUUGUUGGGUUCGUCCCGCAUGAUCCUAGAUUCACGUCAGUGUGAUUGUCACAUACAUUGUCAAGCUUAAGGUUGAGAUCUUCAACCGCUGCAAGAAAUUAAUUCCAGGAAUGAAGAGUUCGCCGUUGGCAGAUUUUGCUCAUGAGUGCCCGCCUUCUCCUCGAUGUUUCUCACUUCCAACAUCUGGCCUUGUGCAUUUUGUCAUUGCUGUAAUCGUGUUUUCUGGGGUGGGCUCUAGGUCAAUACAUCCUUGCCUCGAAUAUAUUUCGGGAUCGGUAUCAUCCGCUGGCAAGGCAUAUAUUGAACAGACUGUGUCUCGAUGCCUGUCAACGACUCUAAGCCCGAAACCUCCUCCUCGUCCGCCGAGCUCUUUCUGUACGCCAGAGGUCAGCCACUUGACUCCGCGAAGUCUUUCGAGUCACCGCUUGGGCAGCGAAGUCGUCGAGGAGGAAGGACGAUCUGCAAUGGUCGUACUAACUGUUUCACGUUGACCUUCGCGUUGAGUGAUCUAGACCUGGUUGUCAAUUCGCCCGUCCUCCGUGAUACUCUCUAUUCUCCUUGGGAAACAUAGCUCCGAUAUCUGGCCAAACAGGGCAUCCGCCAUGUUCCUAGAUUCUCGGUGCCUGAAUCUCUCGUUGUUGUACACGAUGUGUGAGAUUCUCGGGUUCGUCAACUCCGAUCGAAGUGAACAAUCGAGCUGAAAUCUGAAGGAUCUCCAGCGAUACUCGACAACGGGAAAAGACACCGUUGUGAAAAUAUCCGCAACAGAGUCAAACCGGAACAGCGGCAGGCUGUACCCGGUUUGAACGGACGCGCCUCCAUCCAUCCAUUCAUACAUCCAUCCAACCAUCAAUUAAUUCAUCCACCGUCGCACGAGGCUCCAGAACCGGAAACCAAAUCGCUGACAGACGGAAAGCGACAUCCCCAAACAGGACGCUCGGAACUGCCCCCCCGUGGUACCGUCCUUCACGUACGGAGCACGAGCAGUAAGUCCUUCACGGAGGCAGGCACCGGCACGCCCCCCGGUAACCUGAAGCACGAACCGGGUCAAACUCCCGAGCCCCAGCCUAACCCGCCGUCCCCACAAUGCCACCCCGGCGAUAUUAUCUUGAACGAUUCACGGGCCCGGGGGAGAUCCACCGGGAGCUGCGAGCCGGGGGACCGGGGACGGGCCCACUCUAAGAAGACUUCG